GCCGCUACUAGCGGGAGUGGUCUUGGCGGCAGCAGCGGGAAGCCAGACCUUGCGAUACUGCCGCUGCCCCCGGCGCGACUGGGUUUCUCAGCUUCCGCCAGCGCUAUGGAGCCGUCGCGGGACGAGCGGCCGGGGAGCGGUGCCCGCGAAGAGCCGGUGCCGCCGGAGAGUUUUCAGAAGAAAACAGUUGACUUCACUGAUACAGUACUCGUUAAAUGUUUGAACAACAGAUACCGUGUGUUAAGAGUGAAUGUAGUACAGAAAAAGGGAGAAGAUCCUGAAAUGCAUCUGACAAUUGCAGCAUCUCAAUCACCUGAGGAUACAGAACUAUGUAUUCUGAGGAAUGACUGGAAUUCUGUUCCAGUACUUCCAGGAGAUAUUAUUCAUUUAGAAGGAGCAUGCAACUCUGGUUCUUGGAUAAUAAAUGGAGAGUCUGGAUACUUAAUACUAUACCCAGACUUGCUGAUUUCUGGCACCACGGUAUCAAAUAGCAUUCGAUGUAUGAGAAAAGCAGUGCUGAGCGAGAAGUUCAGGAGUUGUGAGUCUGGUUCACGUCAAAUGCUGGUUGGCACAGUCCUUCAUGAGAUUUUCCAGCAAGCAAUAACUAAUAAUUUGGCAGCAGAAAAAGUACAAGAACUAGCCUUCAAAAUUGUCUAUGGACCAAAAUAUCUAAAAGAAUUGUACCACUUAAAUCUGAAACAAGAGGAAAUAAUGCAAGAGAUAGAGGGCUAUUUUCCAUCAUUUUCUAAGUGGGCAGAAGAUUACAUGUGCAAGCCUAGUCAAGAUAAUCAAAGUAAAAUGCAGCUGAAACUAUCAAGUGAUGGAAAAAAGGAUUUAUCUUAUAAUAUUGAAAUUACACAGGUCCUAGAUAUUGAAGAGAAUAUCUGGUCUCCCAGGUUUGGACUAAAGGGCAAGCUUGAUGUUACUGUUGGUGUGAAAAUACAUCAUAGCUAUGGAACUCAGUAUAAGAUAAUGCCUUUGGAACUUAAAACUGGCAAGGAAUCCAACUCUAUAGAGCACAGAAGUCAGGUUAUACUAUAUACACUUUUGAGCCAGGAACGAAGGAUGGAUCCGGAGGCUGGACUUCUUCUCUACCUUAAAACUGGCAAUAUGCAUACUGUGCCUGGCAAUCGAUUGGAUAGGAGAGAACUAAUAAAGUUAAGAAACCAACUGGCCUCCUAUUUAGUCCAUAAUGUGUGUAAAUCUGCGAUGGGAAAUAAGCAGACACAGCUUGCGUCCUUGCCUCCUGUAAUUAAUGACAGUCAAGCCUGUAAAUACUGCUCACAAAUGCACAACUGUGUUCUUUAUAGCAGAGCUGUAGAGCAACAGAUGGAUGAUGUCAUAAUUCCUUCUGCUAUGAUACCUGUUAUAGACAGAGAGACCCAGCAUCUGAAACUCUCUCAUUUGCAGUAUUUCAAUCUGUGGUAUCUAAUGUUAACCUUGGAGUUGCAAGCUGGAGAGGGUAAAAAAGGAUAUAAAAAUAUAUGGAUGAUGCCUGCUUCAGAAAGAGAGAAGUCUGGAGAUUGCAUUGGAAACAUGAUCAGAAUGGAACAGGUACAGGAAGUGUCUGAUGGGCAGUAUCUUCAUUAUUUCCAGCGUAAAAGUGGUGCCUUGCCAGGAACAAACCUGUUGGUAGGUGACAGAGUUGUUGUGAGUGGAGAGGAGAAGACUUUACUUGGCUUGGCUGCUGGUUAUGUUAAAGAAGUCAACAUGACAAAAGUCUCUUGUUUAUUGGACAGGAACCUUUCAAAACUCCCUAAAAACACAAUAUUUAGGUUAGAUCACGAAGAAGGUGGUUUUGGUAUAGAUGUCCCUCUAGGAAAUCUUUCUAAACUGAUGGAAAACUCUUCUGCCAGUGAAAAACUUCGCAGUUUAAUAAUUGACUUCCGCAAACCCCAGUUUAUCCAGCACUUGAGCUCUGUUCUUCCUCCUGAGGCAAAGGAAACUGUUGCAAAUAUUUUAAAGGGUCUGAAUAAACCUCAGAAACAGGCGAUGAAACAAGUCUUACUUUCAAAAGAUUACACUCUCAUUGUGGGCAUGCCUGGAACAGGAAAAACUACCACAAUAUGUGCUCUAGUACGAAUUCUUUAUGCCUGUGGCUUCAAUGUUCUGCUGACUAGCUUUACACAUACUGCUGUAGACAACAUCUUGCUGAAGCUGGCCAGGUUCAAAGUAGGAUUCUUGCGCUUGGGGCGAGUUCAGAAGGUUCAUCCAGAUAUACAGAAGUUUACAGAGGAAGAAAUUUGUAGAUCCAAAUCAAUUAAAUCUGUAAUGCACUUGGAAGAGCUAUAUAACAGUCAGCCAGUAAUUGCAACAACAUGCAUGGGAGUAAACCAUCCAAUUUUUGCUCGGAAACGGUUUGACUUUUGCAUAGUGGAUGAGGCAUCCCAAAUAAGCCAGCCAGUUUGCCUAGGCCCACUUUUCUGUUCUCAGAAGUUUGUGUUGGUGGGGGACCAUCAACAGCUACCUCCACUUGUACAGAAUGCAGAAGCAAGAGAUCUUGGCAUGAGUGAGAGCUUAUUCAAGAGACUGGAACAGAACAAGAAUGCUGUUGUCCAACUAACUGUGCAGUACAGAAUGAAUAGUAAAAUUAUGUCACUGAGUAACAAGUUGGUGUAUGAAGGCAAACUGGAAUGUGGCUCAGAGAAAGUGUCAAAGGCCACUGUUAACUUGCCAGACUUAAAAAAAUUGAAUCUGAAGCUGGAAUUAUUCACAGGCUCUUCAGAAACAUGGUUGAAAGAAGUUCUUGAGCCAAACAAUUCUGUCUGUUUUCUUAACACAGAGAAGGUUCCAGCACCAGAAUGUGUAGAAAAAGGUGGUGUUAGUAAUGUGAUGGAAGCCAAACUAGUCGUCUUCCUCGCCUCCUUAUUUAUUAAGGCUGGCUGUAAACCUUCAGAUAUCGGUAUCAUAUCACCAUACAGACAUCAGUUAAAGAAGAUCACUGACUUGAUGACAGGCUCCUAUGUCAAUAAAGUAGAAGUAAAUACUGUGGACAAAUACCAAGGGAGAGACAAAAGUAUCAUCAUAGUAUCUUUUGUCAGAAAUAAUACUGAUGAUAAUAUUGGUACACUUCUGAAGGACUGGAGGCGUCUUAAUGUUGCUGUUACAAGAGCCAAGCACAAAUUAAUCAUGCUGGGUUGUGUUCCGUCGCUGUGCCGCUAUCCUCCUUUAGAGAAGCUGCUCUGCCAUUUAAACUCUGAAGCACUGAUUUUCAAUCUUCCAGCUGGGACACAUGAACGUGUUUUUCAGUGUAACCUUCUGUGAUGGUACAGAUGAAGAAUUUUAGAGAAAAACCUCUUGUACACAUACUGCUGAAUAUAAAUUACCGUUGGAAUAGCGUGUGAAUGCUGAGCGCACCAUGUAGGUUGUAUGAAGUUGAUCUUAGUCUGUAUUCUCAAACUCCAGAGGUUUACCUAUAUUAUUGCACUAUCUUGCACUCACUGAUUUGUUUCAGAAAAUAGGAUUUGUUAAUACCAAGGUCCCUGUAAGUACUCAGUAGUACAGUAUAAUCUGCUUUAAGGUGCUAGAUGGUCAUUCCUAAAUUUCACUUCUAUUUCGGUAUAUGGUUCUUAGUGUAUGUGAAAGGAAAGAUCUGCAUGGGUGACUAAAAAAUCUACGGAUUUUUUUUGUUUUUUGUUUGGUUUUUUUUUGUACCCAGUGAAAAAAACUACAGAUUUUGCUUUGAGUGACAGAAAACUUUAGGACCAUUUUAAUUCAACAGGCAAAAUAGAUACUUUAUAAAUGAAGUGACUGAGCUCUUUUUCUGCUGCUAUAGGGAUGAACAGAUACAGCAGUUUAUACAGGAACAUCUUAUAGUGGUGUAGCUGUUGUUAUGUCUGUCUAGAUACUAGGAAGUGUAGAAUUUAAUCUUUUAUAUUUAUGUAUAUAAUUUACUUUUUCCACAUUUCUCACUUUGAUUCAACUUAGUGAUUCUUCUUUGUCCUUUAGAAAUAUUUUGGAUGUCUUGUUAGAAAUGAGAUGUUCUACAUCUAAACUCCUUUAUACAUUAGUGUUUUAUCAAGUGAAUUUGUAGAGUGAAAUUUUCAGUGACCUCCUCGCUCUGUUGAAAUCCACAGUAAAAUUCUCACUGCUUGUAAUGGAGAAUGGCUUUCAUCUUUAGUUCCCUUAUUUUGUAGUUUGGAUUGAGGUCAGAACAGCAUCUUGACAUCUAACAAACAUACAUACCUGUAUUUUACUUCAGUGAAAGCCUUGGGUGUGAUGCAAUAUACCCCUUUAACCAGGGUAGCUGAACUAAAACUACCUCAUAGUCUCAUACUCAGUCUUCUAAUUAAGCCUCUAACUUCAAAGUUUGUAAAAAAAAUAAAAUAAAAUAAUUUUUGAAUUUUCAGAAAAUAACUAGUAUACCGUAUCUUGUUCUCAAGUCACCCUAUUUCUAUUAAUGGUUGUGUGCACGCUUUCAUAUGUUGGAUAUGUUAAUUUUCAGUUUUAAAAACUCUUUGCUAAUAUUUGUAAUGUUUGUACUGAAAUAAAAAUUAAUUUCCAUUU